GAACCGGAUGUGGCUUGUUGCUCCGGGGCUGGAGCGCGGGGGAGAUGGCCACCGGGACAGACCAGGUAGUGGGACUCGGCCUCGUCGCCGUUAGCCUGAUCAUCUUCACCUACUACACCGCCUGGGUGAUUCUCUUGCCAUUCAUCGACAGCCAGCAUGUCAUCCACAAGUAUUUCCUGCCCCGAGCCUAUGCCAUUGCCAUCCCACUGGCUGCCGGCCUCCUGCUGCUCCUGUUUGUGGGAGUGUUCAUCACCUACGUGAUGCUGAAGAACCAGAAGGUGACCAAAAAGGCUCAGUGAAGGCCCAGCCGGGAUGAGGCUGCCGGCCCCAGCUCUGCCUCCCCUCCCGGGCAGGGACCAAGGGUGGGGGCCUGCCGGACUCAUCCAGGCACUGCGGCCCUCUCAAGCCUGGCUGCCCUGCAGACACCCCUGUGGGACGGAGCUGUUCAGGACUCACCCCCGACUGACCAGAGCCCCUGCUCACCCUUCCAGAAGCCAGGAGGGAGGAGUACCUGGAAGUCUCCCUCUCACCCCCUUCUGGCUCGGCCUGAAAGAUGCUGGUCCUUCCCAUCUCACCUUCAGACUCCCUGUCACUUCUUCCUCUAGGUUCUACCCUCUUGCCUCAGUUUCCCUCCUAUCACAUGCUGAUGUUGGACUUAGCAGGUUCUGAGGCAGCACGUGACCUCUCCCCACAUGUCCUGCCCCUCCACGAAGGUAGCUUUCCUGGUCUGACAAGCCCCAACCCCACACGGACUUCUGGACCAGGAAAGCCCAGCGAGAGGCCUGACAGGCCCCAGGACCACCGCCAGGCCUCAGGGCACAUUAGGGUGGCCACACCGGGCCCCCAAACCAACCGCUCCUCAUGGAGGCCAGCCCCCCAGCUCCAGCGCUGGCCUCCUGGGGAGAGCUGAACAAUAAACAUUGAUGGCGUGUU